GGGAGCGUGUGAGAGAGAGACUGGGAGACGAGGAGACUGGGAGACGAGGAGCCUGGGAGAGCAGGCAGCGGCGGCGUGAGCAACAGAAGUACCGCGAUCCCGUCCAUCAUCAUCGCAUGCAGCAGUCAGUCAUCAAGGGGUCGCCAGGAAAGCCUGCGGUUCCGGGCUGCCCUCCUGGUCCAUAGUGCAGAAGGAAUGAUCUCAAGCGCCGGAAUCGUGACCUGUUAAAUGAGAAAAGAACUCUAAACAGCGAGGGUGGAAGAAAUAAGAAGUGACGGCGUUUUCAUCUAUUAACUGCAUUAACCGUUUAGAUAAUAGGCUAAUAAUAACUUCAUUUUUGCGACAUCCCAACAGACUUGGAUAACUGCGAAGAACGAAGCAACAGCUUACCCCUCCGAAGAAACACUUUGCAAAAUGGUUACUGAUCUGAAGAUACACUGAUUUAAAAAAGGGUGCCCCGUUGCCCUUGCCCAUAGCCAAAGUUACCAUGGCAGCGGGAGUAGCAGCAUGGCUCCCCUUUGCCAGGGCUGCAGCCAUCGGCUGGAUGCCAGUGGCCAACCUGCCCAUGCCCAUGGCUCCCGCUGAGAAGAACAAGCGGCAAGACGAGCUAAUUGUCCUGAAUGUCAGUGGGCGUCGCUUCCAGACCUGGAAGAACACCCUGGACCGCUACCCAGAUACGCUUCUUGGUAGCUCGGAAAAAGAGUUCUUCUAUGAUGAGGAGACGAAGGAGUACUUUUUCGACCGUGACCCUGACGUCUUCCGCUGUGUCCUAAACUUCUACCGAACUGGAAAGCUGCACUACCCUCGCUAUGAGUGCAUCUCGUCCUAUGACGAGGAGCUGGCUUUUUUCGGCAUCAUUCCCGAGAUCAUCGGCGACUGUUGUUACGAAGAGUACAAGGACCGCAAACGGGAGAACGCGGAGCGCCUCAUGGAUGACCAGGAGGACAACAAGGACAGCAAGCAGCCUAAUGUCACAUUCCGUGAGACCAUGUGGCGUGCGUUCGAGAACCCCCACACCAGCACCAUGGCCUUGGUCUUCUACUAUGUCACUGGCUUCUUCAUUGCCGUCUCUGUCAUUACCAAUGUGGUUGAGACUGUGCCCUGUGGAUCCACCCCCAAUCAGAAAGACAUGCCCUGCGGUGAGAGGUACACUGUAGCAUUUUUCUGCAUUGACACAGCCUGCGUCAUGAUCUUCACCGUGGAAUACCUGAUGCGGCUUUUUGCUGCACCCAGCCGCUAUCGAUUCAUGCGUAGCGUGAUGAGCAUCAUCGACGUGGUGGCCAUCCUGCCCUACUACAUCGGCCUGGUGAUGACGAACAACGAAGAUGUGAGCGGCGCCUUUGUCACGCUGAGGGUCUUCCGCGUCUUCCGGAUCUUCAAAUUCUCCCGCCACUCUCAGGGCCUACGCAUCCUGGGCUACACCCUGAAGAGCUGCGCCUCAGAGCUGGGCUUCCUCCUCUUCUCCCUCACCAUGGCAAUCAUCAUCUUCGCCACCGUCAUGUUCUACGCAGAGAAGGGCUCCACCUCCAGCAAGUUUACCAGCAUUCCAGCUUCCUUCUGGUACACCAUCGUCACCAUGACGACCCUGGGUUACGGGGAUAUGGUACCCAAGACGAUCGCAGGGAAGAUCUUUGGCUCUAUCUGCUCAUUGAGUGGUGUGUUGGUAAUAGCCCUACCAGUCCCUGUCAUCGUGUCCAAUUUCAGUCGAAUCUAUCACCAGAACCAGAGAGCAGACAAACGACGGGCGCAAAAAGUGCAGAAAGCCAGACUGGCAAGGAUACGAAUAUCAAAGACAGGCACCCCAAGGCCCUUCCUGCACAGUAAGCGUAACGGCCUCCCGAACGAGGCACUGGAUCUGACGGGUUCCAUUGAAGAGGGAAAUCAUCAGGGUGCAGCAAUAUCAUUGCUAGAAAGCCAACACCACCACCUACUGCGCUGCUUGGAGAAAACCACUAACCACAAAUUUGUGGACGAGCACCUGUACGAACAGAACUGCCUGGAGGGGGCGCUCCAGAACUACCCAUCCCACAGCCCCUCCCUCUCCAGCUCCGGCAGCCUGACAGGAACCUGCUGCUCCCGUCGGGCGCGGAAGAGCUCCCACCUGCCCAAUGCAAGCGCCCCACCAGGACCUCUGUGCGGCCUGCAGGAGCUGAGUGCCGUGCACAUCCAACAUAGCGACCGACCACCGCUCAGCACAAGCCGUUCCAGUCUGAACCUCAUGCCCAAAGAAGUGCUUUGCAAGACUAAUUGCAAGAGCAGCCAGAUCACUGCAGCGAUCAUUAGCAUCCCAACCCCUCCGGGCACGACCCCAGACGGAGACGGGCACACGGCAUCAAGCCCCAGCACCCAGACCACAGUCAGCUCGAACGUUGUCAAAGUGUCUGCCCUGUGAUUGGCCUCUACAUACACCCUCUGAUAGGCCCUGAGGAUCAGCAGGGGAUCCCUGGAGGAACACACAGGCAGUGACUGUAUCUGGGACGGCUGCCCCCUCCUUCCUGGUGUAUAAGCUGACAGAGCCUGUCAGUUACAAGAAGGAUGACCUUCAUUUCGGUCUGAAGAGAGGGAGAAAGUAAAAGAAAAGGCUGGAACCGUCUGAUUUCUAGAUACGUUAGUGUUUUUGAAUGGACCACAUGCAUUCCACAAGAAAGAUUGGACUAGGAAAGUCAUGUGACACUGUGCUCUAAUACUUUUACAUUUCUUUUGGACUGGAAGGGUUUAUAAGAAACUAUAACAAGAGGCAGACACAAAGAAAAAACAAUAUUUUAAAAGAGAAGAAGCAAGUAAAUAUUACCUUUUUUCUGAGUUUAUUUUCCUUUGUUUUGUGUUGUUUAGUCAAUAUAUUUACCUUGCUAAAAUGUAUAUCUUAAACCUUAAAUAUUUUUAUGUAUUUAUUUAUUUUGUUUUAGAGAAAUGACAAAAACGGAUUAUAAAAACAAGGUAGGUGUGUCUGUAACAGGUGUUAGUGGGCUUUGAUUUUUCUGUGUGUGUGUGUGAAUGUGUUUGUGUACCUGAAUGUCUGUGUGAAAGAGGUGUGUUUAUCCAAUGUGAAACUUACACAGGCUGCAUGCACACCAGUUAGCAGCUACUCGGGGCGAGUCUCUGAACACAAUUAUGUCCAGAAUAUUCAUCUUUUUAAACAUGACAUGCAUUUCAUUAGGGUCCCUCUAUUGCUUUCACUGGCUGCUACCAGGCUUUGGUCCAUAACAUCUUAACUUCAGCUCCAUUCAUAGUACUAUUUAGACAUUAAUAAAAUAUAUGACGUCUGAGCAGAAAACAAACAACUGAAGAAUGUAGCUCAUGAAAGCACAAGGAGACCCUGUGACAUGGAUGUGUUCUGACUCUGACCUUAGCCAUGGGUUCGUUGUGACUAGCUUUGACAGAACAUUUUGUGGAAUUGGCCAUCAUAUGGCAAACCAGUAAGACUGUCCCAUCAUGCUGAUGGAGGAUAGAAGUACUGGUAGUCAAACAUUAGUUGUUUUUGUAGCUCAUGAGGAAUUUAAAAAAUUGAUGUGUAAGUGUGUGCUCCACAUAGAUCCUUGGUGUUUCUUGCUGCCUUCAGUGUUCUCCAGAUCUUCUUAAUCUUAGUUUUCUUCUAUAUAACGGGGCUUAUUUGCUGCCAAUGGCCUUGACCCACCUGUCCCUGCAGGCUAGCUUUGUCUCAACUCCUAUGACACUGGCUAAGAUUCUACAGAUCUCUCUUCAUCCUCCAUGUUGAUCUCGUUUUAUGUAUGCACUCCGCAUCUCUUUGACCACGACUGAUAAGAUGAAACAGACCAAUAGAUCUUUAUUCUUUUUGUUUGUCCCCAUGAGGUGGGUAGAUAUUUGGCAUCAAGUACCCCUUUUGCAGUUCUGCAAAGCAUCUCUCGUGUGAGCCAUUGUCAGAGCUGUAAUUUUCCUGUUUGUAUCUAUCAUCGUGUUAGGGUAUGGUACUGUGAUUUUGCUGGAGCUUUAGGUAAAAAAGCCUCAAUGAGCCAUUCAGAGGUAGCCCUGAAUGUUAUAGAAAGUGCUUGCCAUCAAUGUUACGUGAUUUUUGGGAGGCAGGACGGGGGAAAUUCCUGCUACUUCCAUAAUAUACCUGCAAAAUUAUACCUCAUCACUAACCAAACUGACAGACAAAGCACAGGUCAUGACUGUUGAUAUUUUGAUUCUCUAGUAGCUCCAAAAAUUAUGCAAUAACAGCAUUUUGCGCUCUAUAUUUACUGCGAAAGGCCUUGGAUCUGGAAGUCAAUUCAAUCAUGGUUACCUGGUUACCAUGGUUACAAACUCCCAAUAGGCAGUUCUUAAUUGUGGUUCCUUUUCCUCUCAUUCAAAUAAGAAACAUUCCUGAGGGCAGUUGACCGACAGCACCUCCCAGUGUACACGCUACCGGGGCUUGGUGUCUAACAUUCCAGAACAGUCACAGAACCUCCUUUUAUGUAGGGCCUAAGCGAUUCGAAAAGUUUGCCUCUGACACCAAUACUUAUUUCAAGGAGCUAAAAAUUCUGUUAACCGAACAUGAACUCUCACAAUGUUGAACUCUCAAACAAGAACACAUUUAAAAUACAUUGUUCUACUUAACAAAAGCACCUCAGAAUGAACUGUAUUCACACACAAAAGAAAUCACUUGCGGUCCUGAGGUUUUUGUGUGGUAUAAUGCAAUACUUCCAUUCCAAUUACUAACACCUGUCUUAUGUAGGACUUUGUAUAAGAAUAUGGAUUCUGAGUUUAUUCACCCUUUUUUGGAUUUUAGUUUCUUCUGUGUUUCUUAUGUCUUCAUAUUUGAAUUUCAGUAUUCGUUGUUUGCCUUGCGAUGGGUUGGCGCCCCAUCUUGGGUUACUCCAUGUAUUGAGCCCGUAGCUUCCGGGAUUGGCUCCGGACCCCUGUGACCCUACAUAGGACAAGCUGGUACAGAAAAUGGAUGGAUGGAUGGAUGGAUGUGUACUGGUUGCAUUAAUCCCUCUUCAGACAGUAGGGCAUGGACACCUUUUUUUUUUUUUACUUUUUUGGUGCCCGUUUUUAGUUACUUUAAGAGUUAAUCGUACGGCAUUAUCUUUCCACCUUGUCUUUAGUUCAGUGAAAUGGUAGGGAGAUUUUUUGUAUUUUACUGCAGAUGUGGGUUUUUGUUUGUUGUUCUGGCAGACUGCACAUCUGGCACUGGUUGUUCACAUCUCACGGCUCUUACGCCUGCCGCUGUAAAUAAAACUCACGGCUGAAGGAAUUCCCAUGGUCUGUCCCACAUAAAACUACACACGUUUUCACAGCUCAGCCACAGACUGAGGUGUAACACUUACUAAUAAGAUUAAGAAUGGUGCGAUACAAUGGAGGAAGCAUAUAUACUCAACAUUUUCUCCAGUGAGAGAGUUCCUUUAUUCAUCAUAAAUGCUAUUGGUGUUUAGCAGUGGAUUUUCUGCCCGUGACAUGAAAUUUUUGCCCUGAUAUACUUUGCUUGAGCCCUAUUUUGUAAUGCUUUUCCCAAGAUUCCACCACUUGAGUUGGUCGUGACCCUAUGCCAGAAUGAGGCUUUUUCAGUUCUGGGACCAAGAGGUGAGGUGAGAGGUAUGAACAUUUAUGUAACAGAUUACAGAUCACAUGUUAAAUGAGGUGCAUGUGAAUAUAUGAGGUAGCGUGAAGAGUGAGGUGAUGUGAAAUGACAUUGGGCUACAUGUCCUGAAGAUGGUCGUUGGGCAACAGGUUUGAAAACAAAAGAGGUUAUGAUCUGUGUCAUCAUUGUUCAUUGUACCGUGGGGAGGGACGGAUGGAAUUGUUCAGUUACAUCGUGUGUUUUUAUGACAGGAUAAAAUGUAGGUCUGUAGAUUGUUUUUUUUCUCUUUCUUUACCUGUCUAUCCUUUUGAAUUCUCCCCAACUGCUGUGCAUAUCUUGUCAAAUGUUAUAUAUCAUUUAUGACUUUGUCUUGUGUCACAACUGUGAAGCGCCUGAUAAAGAUCUAUAUCUGCCACAAA